AUGCGAUCUAGUAUCGCCUGCGCUCGCUGCCGUCGCAGCAAAAUAAAAUGUGUCAAUUCCGGCAUCGAUACCACUUGUCGCGCCUGCGAAUCCUCGGGUCGUGAAUGUGUCUAUCCUACGCCGGCCAUCGGGGUUGGGGGAGGCUCCGCGAAGCGGGACAUUGCCGCUUUGGGCGAUGGGGAGGAUCGCAAUGGUGACUGGGACAGCCCGAAGAGACAUCGCUCCCGGAAGGCCGUCGGAGUUUCUUCGUCCGCGGCCAAGGAUGCAGCCAAGGCCUCCCUCGAUGCGCUGGAUAGCUCCGUCCUCACCGUCAAAGUUUGGGAAGCCGUCUUCGACCUCUUUCAGUCCCACUAUGCGACCCUGCUCCCUUUCCUGCACCCCGCCUCUUUCAUGAACCAGGUUCGACAAUUAUCCCAUGCCGCCUCGUCCUCCUCCGCCCACCCUUCCUCGACUACUACCGCUGCCGUUGCGGCCCCCGGUGCCGUAGCUCCCUCGAUCAACCCCGACCAUACCCGCGAUGCCGCUCAAAGUCCGCCGGUCACGAAGCCGGAGCCGAAUCCCUUGAUCCCAUUGGGUGUCCUCGCCCUCACCGCUCGCUUCCACCCCCAACUCGUCGCCUUUCACUCGCCCUCCUCCCCAGGGCAUCCGUCCAACCCCCUCGCUGCUUCCGAAUUCUAUGCGACGGCGUUGCGCAGCCGGCUGGCCGGCAUCGAUGGCGCCAGUCUUGCCGUGCCGGAUCUGACUCGCGUCCAAGCGCUGCUGAUCUUGGCCCUACACGAAUGGGGGAUGUGUCGGGGGAAGAGUGCGUGGUUAUAUGUGGGCAUGGCUAUUCGCUUGUCGCAAGCGAUGGGUCUACCGUUUGAGUUGGAAAACGACAUGCUCGCCCGUGAGGGGCCCCGAUCACCCGCCCUGAAGGCCGAAGCCGAGCUUUUCGGCGUCGCUCGACGACCGACAGAGCCCAAGGAGCAGACAUCGGACGACAUCAUUGCGCAGGAGACCAAGCGUCGCACCUUUUGGGCCUGCUUUCUGUUAGACCGCUGCCUGAGCAGCGGCAAGUAUCGACCGCGCAUGAUCCGGGUAAAAGAGCUUGGCAUUCAGCUGCCGAGUGACAAUGCUUUCGCUUUUGGCGAGCGGGUGCGCACGUCGCGACUCAGCGAACCGGUCGUCCGUCGUCCGCAAAGCUUUGGUGCGCAGGGCGUUCAGAUUCCGAGUAUUCGUCAGAGCCUCGGCGGUUUCAGCGACGACAAGCUACCGAAUAACGGCCCUCAGGACGCCAAAUCGUGGUCACCUAUUUCUCGAAGGAAGGACUCGAGUGAGGACGAAAUCGACCGGUGGGAAGUUGGGGCUGAAGAAUCCGUACUGAGUCGUGUCAUCCGAGUAAUUCGAAUCUGGGGGAGCAUUGCCAAAUGGUCCUGCGCUGGCGGGAGACGGUAUCUAACCAAUCGCAGAACUGAGCAACUUCCACCAUGGCAUCCGGAGUCGCGCUUUUCGAAGCUACGGCUGAUGCUGGGCGAGUUUCAAGAUGGUCUCUCCCGUAACCUGCAGUAUUCUCCGCGCAACACCGAUACUCACAUCAUGUAUAAAAACACCCUUGCGUCCUACACGGUCAUGCAUGUGGUUUAUUUCUUAUCGGUGAUCGUUCUUCACCGCGCUUAUAUACCCUUUCUCCCCGUGCGGUGCACGGAGCCCGUCGGUCCUCUGGACGAGCCGCUCUUCCCGGCCGAAAAGUCCCCUAUGUCGGACGGCUUCUGGCGUGAAAGCGCCCGAGAGCUCUGCGCGGCGGCUCGGCAAAUGAUGGACCUUGUAGCCACCUGUCAAGACCGAGGGGUGUUGGUUGAGAACCCGCUGGUGGGCUUUGCCGUCUACAAUGCCGCCUUCGUCGGUAUCUAUGCGGCCCAUUUCCCGCACAUGGACUUGGAGGGCGUCCUGGCCCCGAAGCCGGCAUCCGGCGGUGAUCGGAACCAUCAGGGCCAGGCCCAAUCUCGCAAGGCCCUCGACGUCCUGCGUGAAAUGCGAACCCGCCUCAAAAUGGCCCGCGGUUGGUUCCGCACGCUGAACCGACUCCACAGCUACUUUUCUAAAGUCAAACGGGACUUCCGCCGACACUCUCGCAGGCUGGAUAUGAUGCCAGAACUUGUUGAUGGACACGUCAACGGCGUUCGACCCGUGCGCGAGGGCGGCGCCGGUGGCGGCUUGGAAGAGUUCAAGCUCAUUGAGAAGCUGUUCCUAGACUUUGGCUCCAUCGAAGAUCAGUUGCCCGACGGCGCCGCCGAUGAGGAUGCAGCAGCCGUCGCAAGUGACCGAGCCACCAAUCUCAGCGAUGCAGGCAGCAAUGCCGUUCGCAGCGAAACUGGCGAAGCGGGAGAACCGUCGCUGGACGGGGCCGGUGGACGUCGUGAGUCGUGGAUUCCGGUUAACAGCCCCGGCAUGCCCAUGCCCGGUCCGGACGGAGAACGACGACCCAGCCUGCCUCUACCGCCUGGUCGGUCAUUGCAAUCUCAGUCUCCAUUCUCGCUUCCUUCCCUGCAACACCAUCCCGAGGGCGGUAUCUACAACAACUCUUCCCCAACUCUUCCGUCGAUCGGUCCGGCCGGGUCGUAUGCUCCAACCACGGCGGGGGCCCAAGCUCCGGCUCAAUAUGGCGCGGUGCCACCACCGCCUACAAAUCGUCUUCAGCCCAUCAACUCGUGGCUCGGAUCUCGACCACAACCCCCGCCCGCUCCUUAUCCGCAAUCUCUCCCUCCCAUCAACCCGGCCAACUCGCAUAGUCUGCCACUGCUCCCGCCCCCGGGAGCUGUGGGACAUCCGGGGGCAUCACCACCGGUCACGGUGGAUGGGUUGGAAAGUGUGACUUCCAACGGUUUGUGGUCGACCAGUCUCGGGGGAGACGAUGUGCUCGCCUUUCUUGAGGGGUGUGAGUACGAUCAAUUGGCCGGACUGGUGCCAUCUGAGGUUGGCAUUCCCACGGGAUGGCUCAGCACCGUCUGGACGGAAUUCAUCCGUUAA